AUGGAGACCAUCAACAAGGUCGCCAGCUCUGCUGCCACCACUGCUAGCAACGUUGCCGUUGAAGCUUCCAACCUCGCCGUUGAGGCUUCUAACCUCGCCGCUCAGGCCUCCAAGGCAGCUGUGGACGCCGUUUAUGGAACUGACCAGUCCCAUGAGGAGCCUAUCUCAGGCAAGACGGGCGACGUCUCCAAGGGGGAGCCCUACGACGCUGGUAACAUGGAACCCAACCAAAGUACCGGAGUGGCUGUCGGCGAGAAGAUGGUCACCGAUCGUACCGUCACCCAGGACGCUGCUGGUCCUGUGAAGAAGGACGGAACUGAGCCCAAGCCAGCGAAUCUGGUCAAGGUACCAGAGGCGGAGAAGGACCACAGCCCACCAACCGUCAACUCUAGGAUUGACAACCACUACAACAUCCCUGAGCACUCUACUGUCAACCCCAAGACCAACGCGUUCCAGGGCCCCGAUAGCAUUACUCCCAAGAUUGACUCUCACUACAACGUCGCCGUGCCCAAGACCACCGAUAUCAAGGCCCUUGACAGCAACCCUUCGUUUCCCACGACUACCACCCACACGGCUGCCGCUCCCGAGCCCCUGAACGAUACCUUCUCGUCCCACAGGAACAUUCCGGCCGAGCAGUCCACUACCUUCCAGGAUCAGAGCUCCUCCAAGCACCACGUACCCAAGGUCAACCCAGCCGCUACCCAGGAUUCGUCUCUUCACCCUGGCGACAGUACUCAGGCCCAGAACGACAUUCGUUCCCCGAAUGAUCCUUCUACGCACCCCACUCAUGUAAACGCGAGGGAGAACGUCGAUGACCGUGAUGGUGGCUUGGACGCCGACGAGAACCCCAACAAGGGCCUUGGCUCUGGCCCCAAGUCUCUAGGAGAAGUUGCCCAGCAGCAUGGCGGAGUUGCUGGCAAGGUCGAGGACGGAGGUGUCAAGGACCCCCAGAACGGCGCCCCCAAGGAGGAGCAGGCCAAGCCGGAGUCACACCCUAUCCACCAUGCUACUGGCUUUCAGGCAGAUGGCGGCGACUUUGAUGCGGCGGCACCUGGAGCUGGUAUCGACGCUGAUCGCAUUCUCGAGUCAAAGGGAAUCCACAGGGAUGACGCUAAUGGCUCCCUCGUUGGUAACACCGAAGCCCUUGAACAUGACCAGGACGGACAUAAGGACAAGACCAGCUUGAAGCAGAAGAUCAAGGACAAGUUGCACAAGCACUAAGCUGCAUGAUGCUUCCUUACUACAUUGUUCUUUUCUUCUUGACUGCGUACGAUAUCCUUUUCUUUUGUCUGCAGUGUUACGACGUAAUGAUGGCCAAAAUAUUCUUGGGAAGCUUUGGUAGAACAGUCCCUGAUGGACAGCAUGGGUUGAUUUGUCAGUCCACGCAAUGUCGGGUACUCCGAUUAUUCCAUGACCAUAUUGA